GCGGGGCGGCGGCCCCGCCAUGCCGGACUCGGGGGCCAAGGAGGGCAACUCCGGGCUGUCGGCCUUCCUGACCAGCUCCGUGGAGUCCAUGCAGCGCUGGGCCAGGCUGCGCGGCAAAGUACAGAAGCUGCAGACAGCUGUGCAAUUGUCUGAUAAAGAACCUGGACAACCUUCUGAUGUUUACAGUUUAGUACCUUGUGGAGAAGUGGUUGGUUGCUUAGCUGUUUGUGUGACGUUAUGCAAACAUUUUACAUCAAAAUUUGACGUACAGCAAAACACAAACUUGCUUCUGCGCAUUACUGUUAAUGGCAUCAUGAAAUGCACAAAUCCACAAAUUCUCAAAGUGCACCAGAGGAGCUACUUAAGGGAUGUUACAGUUAAUUUUGGAGAUGUGAAAUAUUUCUCUAUACAGGUUCCAAGGCAGCGACAGGAUAUGCAAAAUAAGAUUAUUUUAGAAUUAGUAGAAUUUCAGAGUCCAAAAGAAUUUCCAAAACUGCUGGGGUAUGCAACAGUGCACCUUUAUGAAGUUAUUCAGAGAAGCCAUUUCACUGAAACAUUGGCCAUGAGGAGUAGAAACAUAGUGGUCUGCACUUUGGAAGUGGAGUUUACAUUCUGCUAUGGAAGUUUUGGAUAUGGUUACUCACACCAGUUGAAACAGCCUGAACCAGAACUUCAGAAGACUAUUAAACGUUCCAUGUUUCUCCGGAUUCCACCACUGAAAGACAGAAGGGAUCGUCAAAGUGUCAUCGCAGCACAGUUCCUGGGAUAUCCAGCAUUCUCAUCUCCAGAUCAGUGUGUGGCAGACGGAACUGUUGAGAGAGAAAUUUCUUCACCUGGUGUAUCCUCAAAGGGCUUAGGCAUACUUCAGAAUGGUCUGAAAAAGAUUCCACCUCGAAACAGACUAGAAAAAAUGAAAAAUGAAUAUCGGACACUAAAAACCUGGGACAAAAGAGCUGAGUAUUUAGAUGAACUCAUCAUGAAAAAGGGACCUAAAAUGACCACAGGACAGCAUAUGGCAUUUCACUUCAAGGAAAUGGAUGAAAAGAGGCAAAAAACUUCUGGGGAAAGAAGCAGAAGCUUUUCUGCAUUAUCUGUUGAUUCAGAGUUACAGGGAGAGGAUCUGUUUAAAACAGAGACUAAAUUGAAAGAUUAUUCAAAUCUGUCCCUCAGAAUUUCGGAGCAAGUACUGAAAACUACAGAAAAAAUGCAUCAUGGCGAUUCCUCAGAAUAUGCAGAAUCUGACCAAAAACUUCAUCCUCUUCCUGCAGUGGUUAUAACAUCCACAUCAACUGUUUCUCAAAAAUCAUUAAUUAGGAACCCAGAAGAAAAUUGGGAAAGGACAUCUUCAGUUUGUUUCAAACCCAUGGACUCAGAAUAUGUUAUUGCUGUAGUUCCAGAUUGGGAAAUAGAAUUGGGAAGAAAACCUAACACAGAAAAACUAAGUGUUCUGGAACCAACUAAAGCUGACCUUAUACAUUUAGAAGAUUAUCCAGUAAUACAUUCUCAGGAUUUUGCCUCUGGUAUUUCAGAGAGAGCACGUAUCAGUCCUCAGGUUUCAGUGACUUCUGAAAGUGAACCAGUGAUCAUCCUAAGUGACCCAUCAGGUAAAACUGUCAAAAAGUUGCAGCAGUUUCCUCUUAAAGAGAUUGAAUACCAGCAACCUGUUCUUAGUGGGGACAAAUUUGAACCUUUUUUGAGACAUAUAGGUAGAACACAAUCAACUGUAUAUGAAAGGAAAGAAGCUGGGCUGGAAGCACCUAUUUUCAGUGUUCUGGAAAACAAACCUCUGUGUGCAGAUGUCAAAGAGGAAGACGACCAGGAUCCACCUAUUGGAACACCUUCAACAAAAGUAACAAGUAGUUCAGCUAUUGAGUUAAGCAAGAGUUGUCAGCGCCUUUCCAUAUUACGACUUAUAGAAUCAAAUAUGAAAUUAGAAGAGGAGCAGAAGGAUCUUUCUUUAUUAAAUGUUAAAGAACCAUUAUUGUUGACUAUAAAUACAAAUUUGCCUGAAAAAUGGCAAGAGAAGAGACUUUCAGAAACAGAAAUAAUGCAUCCAAACAUAUUUUUAAACAAUGCUCUUGAAGACUUUCUUGUAGACAGACUUAUAAAUAUAAUAACACUAAAAUCUGUAUUAAGCAGUAGUCUUGGCGAGAUGAUCUCAGAGAGACUUUCAGAAAUAGUGGUAGACACAAAGACAGAAUUGGAGGAAGAGUACCAGAAUCUACAAUGUUUUGUAGAUGGAUCGUCAGUUGUUUUGGAGAGAGAUUUACUUGAAAAGGGACAGAAUUAUUACAGGCUUUCUGAACCAGAAACAAUACAUUUAAAAGCAGUUUUAAGUCAGAACUUGCAGGAUCGUCUCAUAGAGAGAUUUUCUGAAACAGGAAUAAUCACAGACUUGGAGUUAGGGAAGCAGCACCAGAACCUGCCAUUGCAAGGAAUAAAAGAUAUGGUUAGGGACAUGGAUUUAGAUGAAAAAAUACAUAAUUAUGAGAAGACAGCCUCAGAACCUGAAAUAGUAGAUCUUAAACCUGUUUUAAAACAAAAUCUACAAGAUUUUGCCAGAGAGGGGCUUUUAGAAUUGGGCUUAAUGCUAAGCAAUGAUGCGAGACAACCAAAAUCUGAGGCAGAGUCAUCUGAGAAAAGCAAAGAUCAGUCUGGAAAACAGUAUUCAGAAACAGAAAUAAGAAUAAUAAAAUCUUUAAGUGAAAACCUACAGGAUCUUCCAGAUGAGAGAUUUUUAGAAUCAGGAUUAAUAAAAGUCACUGAAUUAGAGCAUGAAUGCCCAAAUUUGACUUCUCAGUUUUUUAAAGACAGACAAUCAAUAGAUGAGAAAGGGACAAAAUGUUUUAAGAAGAAGUCUUCCAAAACAGAAAAAAUAAAAAUAGAAUCUGCUCUAAGUCAGAAUCUACAAGACUAUAUGUCAGAAAGUUGCUCAGAAAGAGGGAUGAACACAGAAAUUAAGUUAGGAAAAGAGCAACAGAAUGGGUCAUUGCAGAUAAUCAAAGUAAAAUUGCCAGUGGAUUUGGAGACAGAGGUACCUAGGAGAGAGGAAGAUCAUCACAAGCAAAGGCUUACAAAACAAGAAAUAAAUUUAAAAUCUGCUUCAGACAAAACUCUCCAAGAUACUUUCAUAGAAAAACUUUUGGAAACAGAAAUAAUGAGUCUAAAGACUUUUUUAAACCAGUGCCUCCAGGAGAAGCUCUCUGAGACAAGAUUAGUUACAGAAGAGAAGUUAGAAAAUGUACAACAGAACCAUUCUUUGCAGCACAUUGCAGAAAGACAACCUAGAAUAACAGAAACAGAUUUACCUGAUAUAGGACAAGUUCAUCCUAGUGAAAGUCUUACUAAACAACAUAUAAUAAAAGGAAGACCUAUUUUAAAUGGAAAUAUACAAGACUUCCUACUAGAGGCACUCUCACAAAGGGAAAUCAUGAAUCUAAAGUCAAUUUUAAGCAAAAAGAUCCAAAAUCAUUUUAUAGAAAGAUUCUCGGAAAUAGGGGUAAUCACAGAGGAAGAGUUAAGAAAGAUAUACCAGAGUUUGUUUGUGUUGAGAGCCAAUGAAAGACUGUCAAAUGAUAUGGAGGUAAAUUUACCCAAGGAAGAGCAAAGUCUAAGAACAAAAUCUCUCUCAACCAAAAAGCUUCAAGAUAGACUUUCAGAAACACAGCUUGUAGAACUGAAAUCUCUCUUAAACAAGAUUAUGAAAGAAGGUUGUAAAGACAGACUUUCUGAAACAGAAGUAAAAAGUCUGAAAUCUGUUUUAAGCACUAGCUUUCAAGACCUUCCUGUAGAAAAUAUUUCAGUGGAAUUAGAAAGCACAUGCCAGAAUACAUCUUUGAAAAAUGGUGAAGGGAAACCACUUACAGUAACUGAUAAAAAUAUAUUUGAGAGCAGGCAAGAUCAUGCUGCAGAGAAUCUUAAUAAAAUGUCCAUAAUAAAUGAAAAGCCCAUUUUAAGAAAAGAGAAGUGUAAACUUCCUGUAGAUAAUAUUUCAGAACAGGUGUGUGCAGUGGUUAAUCUAAACAAAGAAACCCAAACCAAUAGUUUGAGAACCCUUCCUCAAAAAGGAAAAAAUUAUUUUGAAAGAGAGACUCAAGUUUUGCAAAGUUGUCUCAGUAAUACAGAGAAAACAUAUUCAAAAACGGAUUUGGAAAAAGCAUUAAAACCAAAGCACUCCGAUGACUCUUUGAGAGGAACACCUGAAACAGUUGCCCUGACUUCCUUUUUAAGUUCUCAUGAUACUGAAGUCCAAACAGAGCUUAAGGAAUAUCUCUCCAAGUCGAUGCUCUCCUUUCCUGCAAGUCCUCCAACAUUUAUCUUUUUACGUUCAGACUCUGACAGAGAAGCAAAAGCAUCAGACAAGUCUUGUGGAAAAGCAAAAGGCAAAAAAAAACAUAUUAAUAAAGUUUCUAGAAAGUGUACUGUGCCAUAUCAAGGACAAGUAGUAAUGGGUACGCAAUUUAAGGAGGAGAAACAAACUGAUUUGCAUAAGUCUAAAGAAGGCUUAAAGGGAAAACAUAAAAAACAUCCUGAAGCAGGUUCUCAAAUACUGGGUGUUUCAGGAUCCAAGAAAGACUCAAAAUGUUCUAUGUUCUCCUAUACUUUAAAUAAAGAAAACUCAAAACAGAAAGCAGAGCAAGAAAAAAGGCAUGAAAGUAGAUCAAAGAAAUUGCUUAGCAAGUCUAUUAAGGUACCAUCAGCCACUAAGUCUGAACAACAGCUCAAGCGCUCUGCAAACGUGGUUCAAGAAGAAUCAUCUCCGAGUUCCUUUCCAAGAUCUUGGCGUGCAAAGAGAAACAUAUCUCAUUAUACAGAUAGAGAAGAUAUAGACGUGGAACUAUUUAAGCAUCUUGAAAAAGCUGUAAAAAGGGCACUGCGUGAUUUAGGAAAGGCUCCAGAAGACAGCACAUGCCAGCCAUUACAUUCUGUAAGACCACAUACUGCUCCAGAUAUUUGUAAUCCAACUGAAGAGACAUCUAAAGCACAGCCUGCUCGCUCUUGCGCAUCUUCUUUAGAUUCCUUUGUUGAUGAAGAUACAGGACAUACCACCAGCUCGGAAUCUGAAAACUUGGACAGUCCAGUGGAGCAGGUAGAAAUAACUCCUGAAAAGUGGGAAGUUGUUUGUAAAGUUCUUCAAAAAAUAUUACAGCAAAACUGGAAACCUAAGAAGGAUAGUUAAGCAAGUCAACACACUUCAUGCAGACAAUUGAUAUAGCUAAAACAAGCCUUAUUUUUAAGUCUUGCUCAGGGGCAAUAUUUCAUCUGCCUAUUUUUUCAGUGAUAAAUAAACACAUGUUCUUCCUGCAAAUCUAUUUGAUUGUGUUUUUUAAUUUGAGAUCUGUGCUGUUCCUAGCUCUCAGCAGUGAUUUUAGUUCUUAAUUUUCUAAAAGAACACUAUGUCAUUCAGAAGUUGUUGAAUACAUAAAUAUGUGCCUUUUGUUGUUUAUUUUAAAAUGUUCAGAUUAGAUUUGAUCUGACUCCCUAUAUUUUUAUAUGUAUUAGCAUUUCUAUAAAGCAUUUUUGUAAAUAAUAUGCCAUAAGUCAAAAUGCAAUGCUCAAAUACAACACACAAUUAAAGAGGAAUUUUGGUGGAGAAUGUUAGGGUAACUGGAUCUUCUAACAUCCAUGAUAGUCUUAAUUAAAUGAGAAUUAAUUAAAUCAACCACUUUCCUGUUCGUUGGCUAUUAAGUGUAAGUUUAAAUAUAAUUGUGAAGACCUAGGCCUGUAGUAACUAGAAGGUAUUGUUUGCUUUAGUGCUAAAGAAGUGCCAAAAGUUCUAGGCUCUUAAAAGGAUUUUAGGAGUGAAUAAAAACUUUUAAAAGGAUUUUAGGAGUGAAUAACUACUUAAGGUAGUGCAAUCUCUGCCCUGCAAACAAUGCAACAGACUCAGAAUAUCAGUGUGAUAAAUUGAGUUAGUUGGAAGUUUAGAAACUUGCAUAGAAACUUGAAUGAGAUAAAAAUAAAAGCACCUUAAGCAUAAAAACAGCAAAAGAAUAACAGUCUUCUGUUAAUAUUUUUCUUAACACAAUAAUUUACAGUUGCUCCUGUAUUUCUCAGGUUUGUCAGGCUUUCUUAUUUUUUCCUAUAUUUGUCUUCAGUACAUUGGUUUGAUUCUGCUGGCAACUUGGGAGUACUCUGUAUGGCAGGAGUGGACAAUUAUUUGGGCUGGAGCGCCACUUAAGGAAUUUUGGUGAGCUGUUGAAGGCUGGGGCUGGGGAGAUGCUAAAUGAUCCUACCCAGCCUGCCAGCUGCUGCUGGGAGCCUGAGGGAGGGCUGUGCCCUGUGUCACUGUGCUCUGUCUCAGCCAGGGCUGGGCCAGGCCGUACAGACUCCUCUGUCCCCACCGCAUCCAUCCCUCCCCUCACCCGCUCUUGCGUGGCUUCCUGUAAGUACUGCAGUCCUGGAACUGCGGCUGUUGGCAGCCAGGCCCACACAGGAUGGGGUGUGUGCUUAGUAGUCAUCCCACCCGCAUACACAACCACCCAUCAAGAUGAGCCACUGCUGCUGCGCUGCACUGGGAAAGUUGGGGGCAGCUGCCUGGGGCUGAGCCCCUGUGGCAGGCAUGGACUCACCUCCUAGUGGAGCUGUGGCAGCAGCAACUCAUCACAGCAGGUGAGCAGGAUGGCUACUCAGCAUGCUGCAUCAUGUCCCAUCCCAUGCAGGCCAGACUGCUGGCACCCAUAGUGCCAG